GGACCUGAGUGUGCUAAAGCAAUAUGUCUGAACAACCAAUGUGCUACAAUUCACGCGUGCUCUGUCGAGCUAAAUUAAUGAAUUUAUCCAUCUCUAAAUAUAUUUUAUUUCAUUCAGAAUUAAUUUGUAUUUUUAUUUUGUGGGUCGUUUAAUAAAAUUUGGCUUUCAUGGGUAUCAGUUUGAGGGAAAAAAAACACGAUAAUGUAAUCACAUGCACUGCUCACCACCCUCUGUUUCCUAAAUGAUGCAUAUUUAUUCAAGCUGCGGACGCGAAUGUUGCCGUUGUGUUGCAUACAAGAAAGAAUAACGAAUGAAUGUUCUUUGCAUACAUUGAGAUCUUCGAAAUUCGUCGUAUAAUUGAUUGAAAAAGUUUAAAAAAAACACUUUUCUUUGUUAAUGAUAUUCUCGAAAAGUAAUUAUUCAAUUACUGUCUACGUGUCGUAUCUUACAAACAGUAGUCACCCUGAGACGUUUACAAAUCUGAUAUGCAAACAGAACUAAGUUGCAAAUGUAAGAUACAGCAAUUUAUCAAGCUUUUAUUGCUGCCUAUCACGUGCAGUUACGUAAAUACUUUUGUUCGAAUGUAACGCUGUGACGUUUUUGACACAUUUUGUUUUUCAUUAUUUCGGAAAUUGUGUGAGUUAGAAAGUUCGUUCAAACGUCAUUUGAUGCAGCUUGUCUUGAUAUGUUUAUGGAAUAAAAUGACCUGUCUUGGAUAAAGUCUCUAGCUUAUAGAAAGGAAUUUUGGCUGCCUGACGACGAAAUAAAAAGAUCCUUUUCUUCAGGGUCACUAAUAAGCUGCAAUAUCUUCUGUGACUAUUUCGCCAAAUGAAACACUUCUAUAAUUAGUUUUGUAGCGUUUUGCCCAGGCUUUAAAACACUAACAACGUUUUCUACAGUUAUUUUUACUUAGAUAAAAAAUUCAAAGAAAAACGUGACAUAUUUAGUAACACAGAGGUACAAUUUUUCUCCACCUAUUUUGAAGCACUUAUGACAUGAUCAGAAUUACUUGAUUUUUAUUAGUACUAGCCUUUUCUUUGUAACUAAUCGUUAUACACAAGAACGAAAUUGAUACAUCCACACGGAAGCUCAUAAGCGACAAAUCGUUAGAAAGUGUAUAAGAGUCUGCAUUGUCCUUAGCUACGAAUGUCAAAACAAAACAGGCCAUCUAGUAAAGGCUGGAAUUCUACAACUAAUGAUCUGUCAUUGAUAUUUUUUGAAAAUAUUUCUUGGUUAAACAACUCAAAAUGCGAUUUUUGAAAAUUUUAAAACUCGAUUUGAGUGUGGGAUGAUGUGAGUAUAAACCAGAGACGUGCACAGGGCAUCAUUUUUUCUCCUGUCCUUGCCUGUCCUGUUGACUACGUUGGUCCUGGCGAGCGCCAGGACAGGACAAAAUCUAAAUGUCAUCCUGUCCUACAGGACAGGAUAGGACAGAACACCAGGGCAACAGGACUGCCCUGCUGUUAUGAUCUGUGUAUGCACACACAGAUCAUUAGCAUCAUCUAUCUUUCUUUCUCCUAUUGUCCUCUACACAUUAUUCUGUAUUCUUUAUUUCAUUGGAGAUAGUUGGAUACGAGUAUAUCUGUCCCUGUGAUUAUUGUUGAGAGAUUUCUUGUUUAUUAUUGUUAAAGUGUAUGUUAUCGAACCUGCUAAUAAAGAAGUGAAAAUACACCGUAAUAAUUGGGGACCCUGGUUUAAAAAAAAAAUAUAUAUAUAUAUAUAUACAUAUAUAAAUAUAUAAAAAAUAAAAAAUAAAUCGUAUAUCAUGACUACUAUUCAUGAAGAAAAAUAACAACUUCUUGGUAUUAAUAAAGAUGAAAUGUUAAUCGUUCAACGUAUUGUUGAUCAUCGUGUUUGAAAUGGUGGAAAAGAAUUUUUAAUUGCAUGGAAAGGUUAUCCUGAAGAACGCAAUACUUGGGAACCCCAACAAAAUUUAGAUUAUCCACAUUUAAUAGAAGAAUAUGAAAAUAGUUUAUUGCAACAAUCUCGUUAUAUGACCAAUCAUUCAUUAUCUUUAUUAUCAAAUUCUAUUGCCUCUUAUAAAUUUUGUGAAUAUGAUAUUUGUCAUGAAAAUAAUCCACAUGAUAAUCAUACAUUAUUAAAUUUUCUUCGUCAGCAUGUUCCAUAUUUUUCUGGUGCUGAAAAUGCUCGAGAAUGGUUCAUAAAAAUUGAUUCAAAAUUUUCUGAACUUAAAUUAUCUUUUCAACAUCGACUUGACAUUCUUCCAAAUUUUUUUACAUGCGAUGGAAUUAUUUGGUAUAGUUUGAAUGAAGAAAAAUUUAAAUGUUAUACUGAUUUUUGUCGAUUAUUUGCAUUUGAAUAUAUGAAAUUCGAACAAUUUCCUCGUGACGCUACUAAACAAAACUCGAAUCAAUUUUCCUCAUUAAUUUCACCUGUCGUUAUUAAUGAUCAUGUUAUUAAUGAUUCUUCGUAUUAUUCAAAUGGUCCAUCAGUAUCAUUUGAUCAAAAACGACCCAUGAUACGUACAUAUACAGACACAUCUGCUCCCGAUUUCGCGUUAAAAUUCUAUAAUUCUCAAACAGAAAAGCCUGUUAAUACAUUUAAUCCAACAACAUCAUCAGUUUCACUUGUUCCAACUCAACCAAUUAGUUCAAGCUUAUUAAAUCCUAUUACCAAUCCACCUCCACAUCCUACGAUUAAAUCAUUAUUAGAUAUAUUACAAUUUAUUUUUGAUAUGAAGAAAUGUUCAAUUACGCAAACAAAAAUAUGUUGUACCAUUGAAACGUAUCGUCAUCCUCAACCUGUAUUAAAAUCUUAUGUCCUUUUUUGGCAACUACGUAUUGAUAAAACUGAUUAUCUUAUAACGUUUUUUGCACUUUUUGGUGUAUACCAAUGGAUUAUUUUUUGUCAAAAUACUCAUCCUGCUCAACCUGUUCUUCCAACUGAUCGUCCGCCAACAACAAAUGAAUUUAUCUCUGACCAUUUUCUGAAACUGAUGGUUAUCAAUUUUGUCUAUGUUGAUGCUUUACCCGGUACUUCAAAUGUUCUACUGAUGUUAUUUUCCUGA